GGUCACAUUGACGAACAGGUGAAAGCCACCUCGAAACAAUAUCUCCCGUCAGCGAUAAGUUUAACGACAUUGAUUAGUUAAUCAGCAACGACCGCAGAGGUGAAAGUUCGCGUAGUUCCACCAUGUCGUCGAAGGCAGUCAAGACCAGCAAACCCGCUUCCAAGGAGCCGUCCACGCUCACCAAGCUCUAUCUGUUUGCCUACAAUGCCGGGCAGGUGGUCGGAUGGAGCUACAUCCUGUGGCAGCUGGUGGACUACUACCUCCUGAGGACACCUGAGUUCCGGGCGCAGGUUACGCUCUGGGACUUUACACGCCUGGCGGUAAUCAUCUUCCAGAACGCUGCCUUCGUGGAGAUCUUGAAUGCGUCCUUUGGCCUUGUUAAGUCAAACCCAGUGGUCACUGGGUUCCAGGUGUUCAGCCGCAUGAUGGUGGUUGUUGGUGUUGUGAUGGCCACGCCCACGGGCAAAGUCUCUCCGGGUCUGCCAAUCGCCCUGUUAGCUUGGGCCAUCACUGAGAUUAUCCGCUAUGGCUACUAUGCACUGAACAUCAUCAAGGUGGUUCCCCAUUUCGUGGUCUUCCUGCGUUACACGACCUUUAUUGUGCUGUAUCCCAUUGGAGUGACCGGUGAGCUGCUGUGCUUCUGGUGGGCACAGAGCUACGCCCGGGAAAACAGCGUGUGGAGCGUAGUGAUGCCCAAUAAGUGGAACGCCACAUUCUCCUACUUUGGCUUCCUGUGGAUAGUCAUGCUGGGCUACAUUCCCAUCUUCCCGCAACUGUAUCUGCACAUGUUUGCCCAGCGCCGGAAGAUCCUGGGCGGAGGAGCAGCUGCCCCCAAAAAGAAGGCCAACUGAAUGUGAACCUUGACCGAUGAUCGCCAGUUAAAUCGGUGGAUGCAAAUUAUAUAUUGCAUCAUUUGCAUAUCUUUGGCCUUUGGAGCUACGUUCGCGUUUGGGGUCUCUUGUCUCACCUCUUACACAAGCACAUUCGUUCGGACUAAGCUUAGUUAUAAGUGGUUUUGUGUACAAAUAAACUAGAUAAUCUUUAAA